CAUUCGUCCUUGUACACGAUACCUGUUCGUGAUGUAGUGUCUGCUAUAGGAAGUGAAGGGGGUAAACGGUGAGGGGUGUUUGGACUUGUCGCCCUUGGUGGCACCCGGUCGAAAACUCGCUGCUGGCCUUUACUGUAUGUGUAUAUAUUUCUGUCUGAUAUCUAGUUGUUAGCUCCCUCGGCUCGCCAUUCUCCUCAGUGAGCUCCCUCAAGACUACCUCAAUAUCGCUGUCGCCAUCCAUCCUACUUGUCAACCUAGUAACUAUGCCGAAGGUCGAGGAAUACAACCUCCAUCCCUGGGGCUACGAAAAUGGCCCCGAGGAGAGGACGGCGAGGCUGUCCACGCUUGACUACCUAGCUGCCUGCACGUACAAUAACUAUACCCUUUUCUUCAAAUUGGAUGACGGGGCGGACAGGGCCAAGAUUGCUUCUAUAUUGAAGGAAGGCCUUGAGCGGACUCUCGCCCAAGCUUGGCAUCUUGUUGGGACGAUCGAGAAGAACGAAGACGGUGGCCACUCGUUCGUCAACAAGAAGGACAGCACUGUUGGCUUCGUCGUCCAGUAUCUCGACACGCCAGAAGACGACUACCCCUCUUUCUCGGACCUCGAGAAGGGACACUUCACUACGGCCAGCCUGGGAGACAAGAUCCAGACCUUUAGCUGGCAUGGGCUCACCUACGGGGAGAGGCCUGAGUGCCACCCGAAUACAAGUCCAUUCCUCUCCGCCUUCCAGGCGAACUUCAUCCGUGGCGGUCUGGUUUUCAACAUGCAUUCCCACCACUAUGCGAAUGAUGCCAUGGGCUGGUCCCAUUUCACCCACCAGCUCGCUGAUAACUGUGCUGCUAUCGCCAAGGGGACCCCGGCCCCGGCCUGGGAUCCAGAGGCUGUUGAGCACACCCGAUUCAUCGCACCGGACGUCCCCGAAGAAUCCAAGGUCGACGGCCCGGUCGCUGCCGAGCGGUACCCCCACCCACCGUUCUCUUCGCUUCUGUUCCACUUGCCCAAGAGCAAGGCUGAGGAGCUGAAGAACAGCGCCGCCCCUAGCGACGGCUCCUGGAUCUCAACCUACGACGCCUUCUCUGCCUUCCUGUGGCGGCACUUGUCGAAACAUCGCGCCGCCUACCACAAGUCGGACCUUUCUUCAUCGACCUUAUGGGGCGAGGCUGUUAACAUGCGGCCCCGACUCACCAACCCCAGUGCGCCGACGAGGAUGCAAAGGAACGUCUUCUUCGCGGCCACAACGGCCACGGCGCCGCAAAAGUUCACCACUAGCGAGGUGAUCUCAGAGGCUCCACUAACCAAGCUCGCAACCUAUAUCCGCGGUCUCACCAACGGCGUAACUGACGCCGUCUUGGCCGCAACCUUGGCGGCGGUGGCACCGAUUCGUGACAAGUCGUCGCUCUUCAUUCGCGUCGACUCCUUCCCGCCCUUAAGCGUCCUUAUGACCGACUGGCGUGAUGCUAAGGUUGUCGAGGACGACUUCGGAUUCGGACAGCCGGUGGCCUUCCGCCAUCUCUUCGCCGGCAAGAUAGACGAGGGGCUGGUCAUCAUCUAUCCGCCUCGCAGGACCGGCAACCCCGAUGAGGGAUUCGAGUUCAUGAUCCCCUUCGAGAAGGAGAUUGCCGACAAUUUGAUCAAGGAUCCGGAGUUCGGGGAGUUCUUCGAAUUCAGGGGUUACGAGACCAAGGUGGCAGCAUAGAUUCCCUGAUCCUUGGAUAAGGACGAUAUAGGAGGUUGUGGCAGGCCCAUAGAGUCUUUAGAUCAAUAUUACAAGAAGUUAAGAAUACUCGUUGUGUGAACUUUUACGUGAAAUGUGUGUUAUGGGAUCAGGGC